UCUGCGACCACAGAGCCCAGCAGGUCGGAGCGCCCCGCCCGCCCCGCUCCACCUCCCACGAGCCUCCCUCAGCGUCUCUACGAGAGCGAGCUCGCGCGCGCGUGUCUGUGUCAGUGCGUGCAUCACCAUGGCGACUUACUUGUACUUGCCCGGUGUCUCACCCGGUGGCCACCACCUCGGCGGACCCAUGUCCUCGUCGGCGUCCUACCACCACCAUCAUCACGCCCACCACCUGCACCACCACCUCCACGCCCACCAGGAGGUGCUGCCGCCCUCGCCGCCGCCGAGCCUCCAGUCCUGGGGGCUGGACCACAGCGCGCACACCGGCGGCCACCCCGUCGGCGACCUCAGCGUUGGCGGCCACCCCCUGGUGCCCCUCGGCUCCCGCUGCUCGGACGGCUGCCACUCGCCCACCCCCAGCGACCGGUCCGAGGACCGCUCCCUCAGCCCCGUGGAGAGGCGGCACCAGCAGAACCUCGCCGCCUUCAACGUCCAGGUGCAGCAGCCGCGCUCGAGCUUCGCGCUGGACGAGGACGCCCUCGACGACGAGGAGGAUGACGACGACGACGACGACGCGGCGGAGGACGGCAAGCAGCCCAAGCGGCGCGGCGGCAAGGCCCUGAGCCCCGUGGUGGUGAAGAAGAGGCGCCUGGCGGCCAACGCCCGGGAGCGUCGCCGCAUGCUCAACCUCAACACGGCCUUCGACCGCCUCCGGACGCACCUCCCCUCGCUGGGCAGCGACCGGCAGCUGUCCAAGUACGAGACCCUGCAGAUGGCGCAGACCUACAUCAACGCCCUGGUGGACCUGCUGGUCUAGCGCCCACCGGACCCCGACGUGGGCCCGUUCUCCUGACCAACCCCGCGGCUGCGGGCCCGCGCCCAUGUGCUGGACAACCCUUGCUCAACGGUGCGAACUUGUAUACUGCGUGUUCAAUACCGCGUGUUGAAAGUCUUCCAUUUUCGAAUACUUUUCUUUUGCUUUGAGAGAGUACUAGACUGUGACUAAUGUUUGAUAGUAGUAUUUUGUGAGGGGUGUUAGAAUCUGUCGGUAGUGCCCAGUGCCCUGGUCCUGCUUCUCCCGUGUCUUCCGAGAUUUUUUUUUUUUUUUUUUUUGAGUUUGGAGGGUAUUUGUGAAA